CAGCAGUUCCUGAGAUCCAGGGAGCGGAGAGAGUGUGACACACUUAGCUAACAGCAGCAAUGUGAAAAGAAGGUUCUUCCAACUUUCAACUUCUUUCAACCAUGGUGUGAGGGGAUAAACCAAAAUGGCCAACCGCCGUGUUCCACUAGUCUUGUUAGCCUGCGGCUCCUUUAAUCCCAUCACCAACCAGCAUAUGAGGCUGUUUGAGUUGGCCAAGGACCACAUGCACAGCACAGGCCAGUACCAGGUGGUGGGUGGCAUCGUGUCUCCAGUGAGUGACGGCUAUGGAAAGCAAGGCCUGGUACUAGCUAAGCACCGCAUUGCUAUGGCAAAGCUGGCACUCCAGAGCUCCAACUGGGUCACAGUUGAUGAAUGGGAGAGCCAGCAGCCAGACUGGACGGAGACAGUGGUCACUAUGAGGUAUCACUAUGGGCGUAUUCUAAAGGAGUAUGAGCAAAGCACAGGAACACACAACAACUCCAGCAGUAACACCACUCCCCUCUCAAGCAUCUCUCCUCAGCUGAAGCUCCUCUGUGGAGCCGAUUUUCUCGACACGUUCAAGGUUCCAGGCUUGUGGCUGGAUGAACAUGUGGAGGAGGUUGCUGGGCGUUUCGGUCUCGUCUGUGUCAGCCGAGGCAGGCUGCAGCCCGAGCGGGCCGUGCACGAGUCGGACAUGCUCUCCCGCCACCAACGAAACAUUUUCCUGGUCAGGGAGUGGGUGAGGAAUGAGACGAGCGCCACAGAGGUGCGACGGGCUCUGAGACGAGGUCUGAGCGUGAAAUACCUGAUCCCGGACUCUGUGAUAGAAUAUAUUCACCAGCACAACCUUUACACAGAGGACAGCGAGAGGAGAAAUAAGGGCACGGUGCUGAGGCCGCUCACCAAACAGGCACAGCAGCCAGUGAAGAGUCUGGAUGACUAUGUAAAUGUCGCCAUCAGGAAAAUAGCAACCCUGCUGAAGCCCGACAAGGACAUUGUCCACGAUGGGGACCACAUAAUCAUCAAGACCCUCAGCACCUUCAAGAACUACAACAUGGACUUCUACGUGGGCAAAGAGUUCGAGGAGGAUCUGUCUGGAGUGGAUGACAGGAAAUGCACGACCACUAUCACUUGGGAGGGAGACAAGCUGGUGUGUGUGCAGAAGGGAGAGAUUGAAGGAAGAGGCUGGACCCACUGGGUGGACGGAGAUGAGCUUCAUUUGUGUGGCCUUCUACACACAGCAGUGUCACCAGCUGCCACCAUGCCUGCAGACUUCAGUGGGAAGUGGAUACUGGAAACCAAUGAGAAAUUUGAGGAAUAUUUGAAAGUAUUAAAUAUUGACUUUGCUACAAGGAAAAUUGCCAUCUCCCUGUCUCAGACCAAAGUGGUUUCCCAAGAUGGAGACAAGUUUGACUUUAAAACACUGAGCACCUUCAGGAAUUAUGAGCUCGCCUUCACUGUAGGGGUGGAGUUUGAUGAGUACACCAAGGGGCUAGACAACAGAAAUGUCAAGAGUCUGGUGACCUGGGAGGGGGACAAACUGGUGUGUACCCAGAAGGGAGAGAAGGCCAACCGUGGCUGGAAACAUUGGAUCGAAGGAGACAAACUCUACCUGGAGCUGACAUGUGAGGAUAUAGUUUGUCUUCAGGUUUUCAAGAGAAAAGAAUAAAAAGGCAAAUAUCUGUUUUUGUUUUCAUUUACUCAGUUGACAAGGUCUUUGUUUGCUCCUCAAUAACAUGUUGAACAAUACGAAUAAAGGUGUUUUUCAGACAACA